AUCACGCUUCCAACAUGGCGGUGAAUCUCACAGACCUCUCCCUGCCUCAAUUAGAGGGACUAAAAACCCAACUAGACCAGGAGAUUGAGUUCUUGACGUCUUCAAUUGGUCAGCUCAAAGUUGUCCAGACAAAAUAUGUUGAAGCGAAAGACAGUUUGAACGUCCUGAACGAAAACAACAAAGGAAAAGAAUUGCUUGUUCCACUUACGAGCUCCAUGUACGUCCCGGGAACAUUACAUGACGUGGAAAAUGUGUUAGUGGAUGUGGGGACAGGAUACUAUGUUGAAAAGAAAGUGGAAGACUCAAAGGCUUUCUUCAAACGCAAAAUAGAUUUCCUCACAAAGCAGAUAGAGAAAAUUCAGCCAGCCCUUCAGGAAAAACAUGCCAUGAAACAAGGUAAGCUGCUUCUUUUUUUU